CCAAUUCCCCCAGUUUUACCUUAAACCCUUUCAAAAUGGUGACCCCGGAACCCAGCAACAUCGACGAGGAGGAGCUCUCCGCCGCCUCCACGACCAUCUUAUUCGACCGCCCCGUCCCCUUGCUCCGCGGGCCGGUCCGGGCCGGCCCGCCCGACGACCCGUCGUCCGGCCCGUACGUGCUGGCAUUCCGCGACGCGAAAACCUGGGCCAACGCCUACAGAGCGUGCGAGUCGAAGAUCCUACACCAGUGCGAGACCGGGUCGAGAAUCGGGUGCGCCCUCAGCGCAUCGAGCAAGUGUAAGCCGCCGUGGUGGCGGUUUCUGAUUGGGCAGAAAGCGCCGGAGUUGAAACAGAGGGCGGAGUGCGAGGAGAGAGAGACGGAGGGGUGUUUGGCUACGGCGAAGGAGAAGUGCGUUGGGUUUGCGAGAGACAAGUGCUUGGAGCCGUUUAGGGAGGCCAGGGUUUGUGGGGUGAGUAAGAAGCAGGCGGAGAAGAUGGUGUGCUGGGCGAGUGUGAUCGAUAAAAGUAGUACGUGGGUGAGUUUGAUUGGGUUGGAGAAUUGUGGGUUUGGGGCGACGAAUUGUAGGGCGGUUGAGCUGGUUGGGUAUGCCGGUGAGGUUGAUCGGGUUUUAGGUGGUGGCAGUGAGUGACUUUGAAGUUGUAAAUGUAUUGCUUUCGGAGUUGAGAAUCGUUAAAUUGUAAAUUGUUUGAUUUGCGAGCUAAUCCAAAACCAUUUCGUAUUUUAAA